CGUUCAGCUGUCCACUUUCCUCUAGCCCUGUCAUUUCAGCUCUGACACCAAGGCAAGAGGUUAGGUGUACAAAUACCGUCUGGGUAGCCAGUGUGAGUACAGAGGGUACUGGGGGGGCUUAGCCCCCAAGGAAGAGGACCGUUCCUCUAGCACCGCCAUCAAGACCACAGGGGCUCCCUCCUCCCUCCAGGCUGGAUUGACAGGGAAUCCCACGCAAUGACAGAAAAGGAGAUGCUGGAGUCCACUAAGCCCUCCAUCCCAGCUGAGACUCGGCAAAGUGGGCUACAGCGGCUGAAGCAGUUAUUCAGGAAGCCAUCUACUGAGACAAAGCAGAUGGAACUUCCCCCAGAGCCCCAGGCCAAUGGGGAGGCGGUGGGAGCUGGGGGUGGGCCCAUCUACUACAUCUAUGAGGAAGAAGAAGAAGAGGAGGAGGAAGAAGAGGAGCCACCCCCAGAACCUCCUAAGCUUGUCAAUGAUAAGCCCCACAAAUUCAAAGAUCAUUUCUUCAAGAAGCCCAAGUUCUGUGAUGUCUGUGCCCGGAUGAUUGUGCUCAACAACAAAUUUGGGCUUCGCUGUAAGAACUGCAAAACUAACAUCCAUGAACACUGUCAGUCCUACGUGGAGAUGCAGAGAUGCUUCGGCAAGAUUCCCCCUGGUUUCCAUCGGGCCUAUAGCUCCCCACUCUACAGCAACCAGCAGUACGCUUGUGUCAAAGAUCUCUCUGCUGCAAAUCGUAAUGACCCUGUGUUUGAAACCCUGCGCACUGGGGUGAUCAUGGCAAACAAGGAACGGAAGAAAGGACAGGCAGAUAAGAAAAACCCUCUAGCAGCCAUGAUGGAAGAGGAGCCAGAAUCUGCCAGGCCAGAGGAAGGCAAACCCCAGGAUGGAAACCCUGAAGGGGAUAAGAAGGCUGAAAAGAAGACACCUGAUGACAAACACAAGCAGCCUGGCUUCCAGCAAUCUCAUUACUUUGUGGCUCUCUACCGGUUCAAAGCCCUGGAGAAGGACGACCUGGAUUUCCCGCCUGGAGAGAAGAUCACAGUCAUUGAUGACUCCAAUGAGGAGUGGUGGCGGGGUAAAAUAGGGGAGAAGGUCGGAUUUUUCCCUCCAAAUUUUAUCAUUCGGGUCCGGUCUGGAGAACGUGUGCACCGGGUAACGAGAUCCUUCGUGGGGAAUCGCGAGAUAGGACAGAUCACUCUCAAGAAGGACCAGAUCGUGGUGCAGAAAGGAGAUGAAGUUGGUGGCUACGUCAAGGUCUACACCGGCCGCAAGGUGGGGCUGUUCCCCACUGACUUUCUGGAGGAGAUUUAGGUGUGCAGGCGCCUGCUGGCGGGAGAUACCCAUGCCCCGUUCUGGGCAGGCCCAGGAGAGGUUGAAGAGGAAAGGGGCGAAAACAACUAUAUUUCUGAGUAAGGGAGGAGUGGGAAGGCCCGCCAGAGCAUGAGGGGGCUCUUGGGAAGGGACUGGUUCCCGCCCUCCUCCCCUGGCUUAUGGCUUCGGAUACCGGUGCCUAGAAGCAGCCUUUCCCGCAACUCCUCAGGUCCAGCCUUUGAAAGCUGGAGAAAGAAGAAAGCGUCUCCACUAGGAGGCGCCCUGGAGUGUGGUGGGUGGGAGGCGAACUGUUCAAUGUUGAGAAUUUAUUAAAGUUUUGACAAAAAUAAGAAAA